UGACAUUCGAAGUUUAAAAAAUUGUCACUGUCUGCAUUUGAGUGAUUGUUGUUCAUAAAACGAGAAGUAAAUAAAUUCGAAAUGUUGCCAUUCUUUCCGUCGUUGAAACCUUCGGUGGUAAACAGUAUCUGGUUCGAUGUCGAUGCACCGUGUGACGACGAAAGCGACGUGCGUGAAUUGGAGAGAGAGCAUCAAGACUGGACUAGUAGCAUCCAACAAACCGCAGUCGAUCUGAAUCCAAUCGGCAAAGUGCAACCGAUUGUCGGGCCCGAUACAGACGAGGAAGAUGCUAUUGACGACAGUGAGGAUUCUGAUAGUCAUGAUAACGACGAAGACGAGGAUGAAAUGGAGGGAAAUGACAAUAAUCAGCAAACAGCCGACCGAGAUCGAAUGGAAACUUAAAGUUUAAAAAAAGAAAAAGAAAUUAAUGUAAGAAAUUCUGGUGAUAAUAUAAUGUAGAUCUUAGCUGGUAA